AUGGAAGAAGAGAUCGCAGAAGAACAACGAAAAAGAGCCGAAGCCAACCGUCUCGCAGCCCUAGCCAAGCGCAAAGCCCUCUCAGAGUCCACUUCGAUCCUCACCAACCAACACCCAAACCCCUGGAAGCUCUUCAAGUGCCGAAAAGUCUCUCCCGGACAUACAACUCCCAUUUCCUCAAAACCCGUAAACACUUGUUCGAUUAAUCCUCCUCCGACACUUCAGCCGACUAUUUUGCCCGAAAAGUUCCGGGUCCGCCUCGAAAUUUGUUCCCCCGAUUCGUUCUCCGUUACGCCGGAGGCUGUUCUGGGUUUCCCCUGUCCCGGUGAAGCGUCUUGUUUGGAGAAACUUAGGGGUUGCCUGUCAAAUGUUGUGCCAUCUCAUUAUACUCAAAACCAUGGUGGUGGGAAGGCUUGUGUUUAUAAACUGAGGGAUUACGACACGGUUCUCAGGUGUUUGAAAAAUUACAAGGGCAUUGAAUAUGAAGAGAUCCCUUGGGGAACAUUAAAUGUUGUUGAGAGACUUUCACAUUCCUUCACAGCAGGACGAUGGAUACCAUGCAGGCCAGAACAUUUGUCUGAUGAGAAGGUUGAUGAAUUGAUUGGGAAGCUUCCGCAAACUCUACUAGAUGCGCUGCUACCUUUUCAACUCGAAGGUGUUCGGUUUGGCUUACGAAGAGGUGGCCGGUGUCUCAUUGCAGACGAAAUGGGACUUGGAAAGACACUCCAGGCUAUCGCAAUUGCAGGCUGUUUCAAGAGUGAAGGUUCUAUACUUGUCGUCUGCCCAGCUAUUUUGCGGUUUUCAUGGGCAGAAGAAUUGGAGCGUUGGUUUCCUUUUUGUUUGCCAGCUGAUAUUCAUCUCGUCUUUGGCCAUCAAAAUAACCCUGUGCAUUUGAAAAGACGUCCAAGGGUUGUGGUUAUUUCAUAUACAAUGCUUCAUCGUUUGCGAAAGAGCAUGUUGGAACAGGAAUGGGGCACCUUGAUAGUGGAUGAAUCGCACCAUGUACGCUGUACAAAGAAAAGAUCAGAACCUGAAGAGAUAAAAGCUGUCCUUGAUGUAGCAGCUAAGGUCGAGCAUAUAGUUCUAUUGUCAGGGACUCCUUCUUUGUCAAGGUGA